UGUUUAUGCUUAAACCCUAGAACUGCUUGUCUAUCUUCUUCGCCUCUCUCGGUAGCAGCUUCGAUGGCCGCCACCAAUCCACCUACGUCUUCGACGCUCUCUAAGGCGAGUCCCAGAGUUUUAGAGAAAGCUGUCAAUGCGCUUAUCAGGUGGAGAGAUUCCAAAUUGAAGACACAGAAACCUCAACUCCUCGAACAUGACGAGUUUGUAUACCUGAUUCUGACGCUCAAGAAGAUCCCACAGAAAAGCCGCACCAAUGCUCACAAAAUUCCCCUCCCUCAUCCUCUCACCGACCCCGCCAUCUCGGAGCUCUGCCUCAUCAUUGACGAUCGCUCCAAAUCCAAUCUCACCAAGGAAUCGGCCCUGAAGAAGAUCAAGGGCGAGAAUAUCCCCAUCUCCAAGGUCUUGAAGCUUUCUAAGCUUAAGACCGAUUACCGACCUUUCGAGGCCAAGCGGAAGCUCUGUGAUUCGUACGACAUUUUCUUUGCGGAUAAGAGGGUGAUUCCCUUGUUGCCUAGGCUGCUGGGGAAGCAGUUCUUUAAGAAGAAAAAGAUUCCAGUGCCGGUGGAAUUGAAGCACCAGAACUGGAAAGAGCAGAUUGAGAAGUCAUGUGCUUCUGCAAUGCUGUAUUUGAGUACAGGAACUUGUAGUGUCGUGAAGGUGGCUAGGCUGUCGAUGGGGAAAGAGGAAAUUGUGGAGAAUUUGGUGGCUGCCGUUAAUGGGAUUGCUGAAACUGUGCCGAAAAAGUGGGGAAAUGUGAGGUCUUUCCAUUUGAAGUUGCUUGAGAGCGUGGCAUUGCCUAUAUAUCAGGCUGCCCCAGGCAUUGAUGAUAUCAAGCUGAAGAUUGAGGGAGUGAAGGAUCAAGAAGAGGAUUUCAAAGAGGAAGAGGGUGGAGAAGAUAAGAAAGUGGAGAUGAAGAAGAAAAAGAAGGGGAGGAUACACGAGGUCAGGUACAUGGAUAGGAAUGUUGGCGACAUUUUUAAUGAGGAUGAAUUGGGUAGUGAUGUUGAGGGCGAGGAUGGUAUGGAUGAUGUGAAUGGUGAGAUGGGUGGUAGUGAAUUAGUGAGUAAGAAGAGAAAGGCAGAUAAGGGGAGUGUUGUGGAUGGUAAAGUAGCAAGGAAGGCAGUUAAGGUGGAGAAAGAUGGGUUGCCCAUUAAUGUGGAGAGUGAGGAUCGCAUCAAACAUAAGAAACAGAAAAAAGGCGGGUUUUCAUUGAAGACUGAGGAAGUGAAGGACAAGGAAAAGAAGAAGAAGAAAAAAGUUUAAUGCCUUGAUGAUUUUGUCUCUUCUCUGGGGCAUUCUAGAGGAGCUUAUCAUGGUAACUGCUAAACAGUGUUUUUUUUGGUUGCUUGUUAUAUUUAUGAAAUUGAGUUGGCCGAUUACUUUAUCUUGUUACUUGAUUGGGAGAUAUUGUAGAAACAGGCCGCUUUGGUUGCUUGUUAUAUUUAUGAAAUUGACUUGGCGGAUUAACUUGAUUUUGA